ACCAAGCUAAGAUUCCAUCAUUAGUAACUUAAAAUUACUAAAAAAAUAGUAACCAAGAUUUUUAUUUGUUGUACUAAAACAAUGCCAACAAACUCAGUUUAUCCUAAAAACAUCAAUGAUUAUGUACUAAAUCAAGGUCAUGGUGUUAAGGGUUUAGCUGAUUUGGGUAUUAAUACUUUGCCCACCCAAUAUAUCCAACCGGAACAUGAGAGAUUUGGUAAGGAACAAAUCAUCCUUUCCAACGGUAACCAUCAUGUUAUCCCCGUCAUCGACAUGUCGAAUUUCGACGACGAUGAGAUUAUUUCGGCAGCUCAAAAAUGGGGGUUCUUUCAGAUCAUUAAUCAUGGCAUUCCUUUGAAAGUGUUGGAGGAUGUAAAGGCUGCUACGUACCGGUUUUUCGAGCAGUCUGCAGAAGAAAAGAGUAAGUAUUUGAAAGGGAAUUCAGGUACAAAUUGUGUAAGGUAUGGCACUAGCUUUGUGCCUGAAGUUGAAAGGGCCUUGGAAUGGAAGGAUUAUCUUAGUCUCUUAUUUGUUUCUGAUGGGGAUGCUGUUGCUCGUUGGCCCGUUGCAUGCAGGGAUGAAGCAUUGGAAUACAUGAAGAGCUCUGAAAAUGUAACAAGGAAACUUCUUAAUGUACUCAUGAAGGGUUUAAACAUUUAUGAAAUUGAUGAGAAAAAGGAGUCACUUCUAAUGGGUUCAAAAAGAAUCAACCUAAAUUACUAUCCUAAAUGCCCUAAUCCUGAAUUAACCGUAGGAGUAGGGCGUCAUUCCGAUGUAUCAAUCCUAACAAUUCUUCUUCAAGACGAUGUCGGAGGGCUAUAUGUUCGCGGGCUAGAUGGUGAGAAUUGGAUUCCUGUCCCGCCCAUCAAUGGUGCAUUGGUUAUAAAUAUUGGUGAUGCCCUUCAAAUACUUAGCAAUGGCAAAUAUAAAAGCAUUGAACAUCGUGUGAUUGCUAAUGGGACCAAGAAUAGGAUUUCGGUUCCAAUAUUUGUGAAUCCAAGACCUAAUGAUAUUAUUGCUCCUUUGCUUGGUUCAUCAAAAGGUGAAGAAGAGAAACCAAUCUAUAAAGAGGUUCUUUACUCGGAUUAUGUUAAAUACUUCUAUAAAAGAGCGCAUGAUGGUAAAGCUACUAUUGAAUUUGCUAAGGUUUCUACACAAACUAAUUAGCUAUUAUUUCCAUUCUAAAAUACUUAUUACUGAUUGUAACAUAUUAUGUGAGAAAAUAUUACUAUCAGUUGACAUUUUCUAUCCCAAUACUCCAAUGUCUCAUAUUAUCAUUAUUAAUAAAUAUCUCACUAAGACAAUAAUAUAUGUGUACUUGGGUUUCAUGUUAACUUUAGAUUGUUCUCUCCCUUUGUCUUAAAAUUGUCAAUCAAUAUAUACAAUUAGAGUGCGUGUAAUUUUAUUA